UGAAUGAGCAAUAGGUAUUUCGUAAUAUGUGUACACACCCUGCUUAAAACGAGGUGGAACAUGCUCUCAGUUUCAAAUUGCACGCCAAGGCUAGGAGAGAAAUGCCAUGGCUGACAAAGACCUGAAGGAGAAGAGGAAGGUUUUUAUCCAAUCAGUGACCUCGGGCACCAUAAAUGGCUUGUUGGAUGACCUAUUAAAGGAAAGAGUUCUGAACCAGGAGGAGAUGGAGAAAGUAAGAUGUGAAAAUGCCACAGAUAUGGAUAAGGCCCGAGCUUUGAUUGACUCAGUCACUCGGAAAGGGGACAAGGCAAGCCAAGUAUGUAUCCAUCACAUCCGUGAAAUCGACUCCCACCUUGCAGAGAAGAUGGGGCUGCCCUCAGUUACAGGGCCCUGCUUUCCUUGUCUUCCCAUCAGUCCCCUUUGUGGCAGAGCAGCAACCAGGCCUCUUCCAAGGGAAGAGGAUAUCAGCCCCUCCUCUCUUCCAGCAGCAACAGAUCCUGCAGUUCCUCCAGAAGUGACUGGGCCAGCUGAGUCAGCAGAAACUACAGAUACCCUCAAGCUUUGUCCUCCUGAAGAGUUCCUGAAAGUGUGUCAAGAAAGGGCUGGAGAGAUCUAUCCAAUAAAGGAGAGAACAGCCCGCACUCGCCUGGCUCUCAUCAUAUGCAAUAGAGAGUUUGAUCACCUUCAGCCCAGGAAAGGGGCUGAACUUGACAUCACAGGGAUGAGAGAGUUGCUUGUGGGCCUCGACUACAGUGUGAUUGUGAAAGAGAACCUCACAGCCAAGGAGAUGGAGAAAGUGCUGGUGGAAUUUGCUGCCUGCACAAAGCACUGGACCUCAGAUAGUACAUUCCUGGUGUUCAUGUCCCAUGGCCUCCUGGAUAGACUCUGUGGGACUCAGCACAGCGAUGAAAACCCAGAUGUGCUAUCUUAUGACACCAUCUUUCGGAUAUUCAACAAUCGCAACUGCCCCAGUCUCAAGGACAAACCUAAGGUCAUCAUUGUCCAGGCCUGCAGAGGUGAAAAUCGAGGGGAAUUGUGGGUCAGUGACUCUCCAGCAGCCGUGACAGACAGCUCUUCACAGUCUCCUGAGAACCUGGAGGAGGAUGCCGUUCACAAAGCUCACGUGGAGAAGGACUUCAUUGCUUUCUUCUCCUCAACCCCACAUAAUGUAUCCUUGAGAGACACUAGUAAAGGUUCUCUCUUCAUCACACAACUAAUCAGAUGCUUCCAAAUAUAUUCUUGGCAUUGGCACCUCGAGGAAGUAUUUCGGAAGGUUCAACUAUCAUUCGAAAAGCCAGAUGUUAGAGCCCAGAUGCCCACCAUUGAACGACUAUCCAUGUCAAGAUAUUUCUACCUCUUUCCUGGCAAUUGAAAAUAAUGUUUGCAUAUAUCCAAACUUCAGGAAAAUUUUAUUCUCUAACAAGCUCUUCAAAAUUGUCUUAAAUAAUUUGGCAUUUCACCCUAACCGAUUUGGCUCAGUGGAUACAGUGUCGGCCUGCAGGCUGAAGAGUCCCAGGUUCGCUUCCGGUCAAGGGCAUGUAACUGGGUUGUGGGUACAUCCCUAGUGCAGGGUGCGCAGGAGGCAGCUGAUUGAUGUUUCUCUCU